AUGUUUAGGGUUUCCAAAAGAAGACGACAAACAGACACCACGAAGAAAGGAGAUGAAGAGCACAACCAUGAAGAAGAAAGAUGGGGAGAUUUUCGUAUCCCUCUCGAUCUUAUCGUGGAGAUACUCAAGAAACUACCGUCAAAGUCACUUGUGAGGUUCCGAAGCGUCUCAAUGGAAUGGUCAAGCAUUAUCGGCAGCCGUAGAGACUUCAUCGACUCGAUCGUGACUCGAUCUUCAGCUCAGUGGCCCCUUUUAAUAUUACACCAUACAGGGCCCGAAGCUUUCUUCACUGUCUCGUCCACUUUCCCUCAGACAACCAAACAUGCAGUAUCGAUCCCUGGAUCAGAUUCAGUUGGCUAUUCAGGCCAUUCGUUCGAGUAUAUAUACGCCCGAGGAUUGAUCUGUUGUUAUUCGCCAGUAUCUCACUUGGUUACUAUAUACAACCCUACCACGAGGCAGUCCGUUCCUUUACCAGAGAUCGUCAAACCACCAGUGACACAGUUCCUAUAUCACCAUUCUCACUGCCACUUUGGAUACGACCCUGUCACGAAUCAAUAA